AUGUCUGAUUGCCAAGAGUUUAAAUGUUUUCGAUGCAGGAAACAUGGGCAUGGAAAACGUUCAUGUACUGCCAUAUUUUGCAAGAGAUGCCGAAAGUAUGAUUGGGAAUGCCAAUGUGUUACUGAUCGUGAUACUUCAAUGUUUGACAGGGAUAAUAUCCCUAACCAUAAUUCUACCCCCUUUCCUGGUGGUGACCUGAAAUCUGACAAUAAAUUCGCCAAUGAUAUUGAAUCUGUUGUGGAGAGCGGGUCUGAUAAUAUAAAUAAUCCCAUUGUUCAGAAAGUGCCAGUUGUUGAAAUUGGGCCUGUUGUAGAUUUUGGGUCUGUUGCUGAUAAGUGUUCCGUUGUUGAAAUUGAGCGUGUUGUCGAAAAUAGGCCCGUUUCUGAUGAUAUUUUGAGUAGUAAAAUUCAGGCUGUUGAUAUUAAACCUAUUGAUGAGAUGAUUUCUGAGAGGUCUGUUGAUGAGAAGAGGUCUGUUGAUAAUAAUAAUGCAAGUGUUAAAAAUUCUAAGAGUGUGAAUGUGGAACUGAACAUUAUUGAAGGCGCUGCCUCUUCUGUUUCUAGUGAAAUUGAUAGUGUGGAAAGCAGUGUUGAUGAUGAUAGUCAAAUGUUGGAAUCCUCAAUAACGGAUGAUUUUAAAACUAGUUCUUCCUCUACUAAUGUAAUACAAAGGCGCACACGUCUUGUAACUGCACCUAAUAAAGAAACUGUUUUAAAAUGUGUUAAAAAUCAUUUUACUUUAUCAUCCAAAAAGAAGAAGUUUGAAUCAAUGCGUAAACACAAUAUCAAAAAUAUUGUUGAUCAAAAUGUUGGGAAAUUGUAA